AUGGUCCGGAUACAGAUCAUGUCAGACCUCCACUUGGAGCACGACGAGGGCUAUGGACGUUUCAGCAUCCCCCCAGAAGCCCCGUAUCUAGCACUUCUCGGAGAUAUUGGCAACUGGAACUUCCACUGGAGACAAUACGUUGAAUUCAUCGAGCGCCAUCUCUACCGGUUCAAAGCCAUCUUUUACUUUUGCUAUCAAGUACAGACACUAAAGGAAAUUAUGGGUUCGGCAUUGGGGGAGUUCAUUUUCCUUAACAACAGCAGAUAUGACAUACCCGAUGAAAAGGUUACCAUCCUCGGCGCAACGCUGUUCACUGAUCCACCUUACGGUCAACGACACCGCACCGAUGCUUUUUAUCGAACCGAGGUACAGAUCGACUUUAGCGUUAAACAACAUAGGCUCGCCCAUUUCGAUACCAUGUCCUAUUUAUCGCGUCAAGUUGCAGCACUCGCACACGAAGAUCCUCAACGCUCUAUCAUCAUCCUCACACACCAUUGUCCGACCAUAGAUACCCAAGCUAUAGGGCCAUCCUACCUGGUAGAUCCUGAGGGCAUAAAAUACCAACACGCGUCCGACUUGACAAACCAGCAUCUGUGGAUCGACGCAGAUGCCGUAAAGUUAUGGGCCUUUGGCAGCACACACUAUAACUGUGAUUAUAUCGAUGAGAAGACAGAAAGGCGAGUCUAUAGCAAUCAAAGAGGAUAUCCUGGGGAAUGUGACGAUUUCCGUAUUCACGCGGUUGUUGAUGUCAGCACAUACGAUGAUAAAUAUGACGAUGCCUCCGGACCAUUCCCUGACCGUCCUCCGUCACCCGACCGUACUCCGUCACCCCAGAUUAGUUCUCCCCAUAUUCAAAGCUGA